GGCACCUGAGUAAUCAUUCAAUACGUCUUCAUACCACAAUUUAAAUGGUCGUCAAAAAUAAAUUAAUUAGGCAAUUAAUAGCGCAAACACGUCCCCUGCAAAGAAAAUAAUAGCCUUUCGUUAAAAUCGCCCUCGAAAACUGGAUCUGCCCCAAAAAUCUUCUUAUAGGAAUUCGGAUUGAGCAAGAGAUUAUGGCGCCUGGCAGGACAGGGGGUAAACAACAAUAAAAUGUAAACAAGGAUUAUUAAUGGGCGCACCUCCUGCAUAAAAGACUCUUGUAAACACGAAAAUAUGGCACGUUCUGUUAAUGGGGACACAUUAUCUGUGUGCUCUGAGGCAAGUACCUUGGUUGAUGGGUCUGUCAUAUCCACUGUCCCCGAUAGACAUGGAUUCCUCGGUGGAGCUCAAUAUUCAUUGGAACCCAGACAGGGACCCCCUCCGGAAACUGUUUUAAGGCGAGAGAGAAAAUGGCUUAAAAUGUUGGGCACAUGGAAUUUUUAUAUGGAGAGAAACUAUAGGAAAAUCAAAGAAAGAUGUCGCAAAGGUAUCCCGAUGUCAAUCCGCCCCCGCGCCUGGCUCUACCUUUGCGGCGGUCACAUUUUCCUAAAAAAGUACCCGAACGAGUACCAGGAGUGUCUCGGGGUACCGGGAGAACCAAAAUGCCUGGAGGACAUUAAGAAGGACAUUCACAGGCAAUUUCCCACACACGAGAUGUUCAAUUCCGAAGACAAACCCGGGCAGCAAGAGUUAUUCAACGUCCUAAAGGCGUAUACGAUUCGCAAUCCGGACAUCGGAUAUUGUCAAGCGCAAGCUCCGGUGGCCGCUUUUCUCCUUAUGCACAUGCCCGCCGAACAGGCUUUCUGGUGUUUAGUCUCAAUUUCUGAUAAGUAUUUGCAGGAUUACUAUUCUCCUAAUAUGGAAGUGGUGCAGAGAGACGGAUUUAUAUUACAAGGUCUCCUGAAGAAACUUUGCCCGCAAGUCUACAGACACCUAAAGAAAGUGAACGCGGAACCAAUGUUCUAUUGUACCGAGUGGUUCUUGUGCGCGUUCACGCGAACCCUCCCUUGGGACACCCUCUUAAGGGUCUGGGAUGUGUUUCUAUGCGAAGGGGUUAAAGUACUAUUUAAAACGGCUCUGGUCAUAUUAAUUGGGUGCCUUGGGUCGGCUAAGAGCAGAAGAAGUUGUCCAGGUUUAUGUGAAACCUUGGACAGACUCCGUAACCCGCCCGAGGAAAUCCUGCAGGAGGAGAAUCUGAUUUAUAACAUCAACAGGCUGGACAUCACCGAGAGAGAUUUCCAGAUGGAGCAUCAGAAGCAGGCGAAGAGGUUCAAGAUGCAGAAGUUGGAGAAGGUGAAGGAGGAGCAGCAAGGGAGGUAGUGAGGUUAGAGUUUUGCAUUUCAGAUACAUCACAGGAUGUAGUGUAUUUUUUUUUUAUUUUGUUUUAUUUCAAUAAUUAGAACAGUAUUAGGUUUCUGUACAAAAGAAGAAAAUGUCUCAAGGAAAAGUGAUCACAAUCGCCAAGAAAAUUGUAUUUUAUUAAAUGGUAUAAGGGUAACGUGCAUUUAUAAAUAUUAUCUGUUUUAUAUAAGAAUUUAACAUUAUUUAGUGGUUAGAAGCACAAUUCUAGUCUUUAAGGUGCAAUUUUUAUGUGGGUUUUCGUAAUGCAACUGACGAAAAUUAUCGAGGGUCGAAAAGUGAUUUUUCCGGCCCCGAAGAUCGAAUUUUUGAUCAGUGUGUUAUGACCGAGUACGAACUCGUCAGAAAAUACCUUCUUUCGCCCCCUCGCUAUGUAUUAUACUAUUUUUCUACCCUAAUGGGAGCGGGGGGAUUGUUUUAAGCGAAUAUUACGUUACGUUUCUUAUAGUAUAAAUAUAUAUUAAGGCACAUAUUAGACAUAUUUAUAUAUAUUGUUUGUUGAAACUUAAAUAAAUUAUAAACGAGA